CUGCAUUGGAUGCCCCAGCUCCCGCACCGCUCCGGGACACAGCUCGCAGCACCAUGGUCCAGCAGACCGGCAACUCCGACAACAGCGAGGCACUGCUGGCCGGAGAGAGCUCGGAGUCCGGCACCGGCAUCGAGCUGGACAUGGCUUCCUCCCCGACCCCGGGCUCCACCGCUUCCACCGGGGGCAAAGCCAACGACCCGAGCUGGUGCAAGACACCAAGCGGGCACAUCAAGAGGCCGAUGAACGCCUUCAUGGUGUGGUCCCAGAUCGAGCGCAGGAAGAUCAUGGAGCAGUCCCCGGACAUGCACAACGCCGAGAUCUCCAAACGGCUGGGCAAGCGCUGGAAGCAGCUGAAGGACAGCGACAAGAUCCCGUUCAUCAGGGAGGCCGAGCGGCUGAGACUCAAGCACAUGGCCGACUACCCGGACUACAAGUACCGACCGCGGAAAAAGGUCAAGUCUGGCGGCUCCAAGCCCGGGGAGAAAGGCUGCGGGAGCCCCGGGGGGAGCAGCAGUAGCAGCAGCUCGUCCAAGCCCGCGGUGAAGAAGAGCAGCGGGGCCAAGCUGUGCAGCAAGCCGCACGGCAAGCUGCUGGUGGGGGCCAAAGCCUUGCCGGAGCAGCCGUGUAUCCUCGACCACCACUCGCUGUACAAGUCCCGGAGCGCGGCCCCCUCCAGCCGCCAGGCUGCCGCCCCUGACAAGAAGCCUAAGCAGCGCCUGUACAUCUUCGGAGCCCCGGGCUCCUCUCCCAUGGCCGUCCCCGCCAGCCCCACUCUCAGCAGCAGCUCCGGAGAGGCCAGCGACCCGCUCAGCCUGUACGACGACGGGGCCGGCUCCAUGAACAACUCCCCCGGCUCCCCUUCCGACGGCUACCCGGCAGCGUGUUCGCCGGCACCGUCCUCCUCUCACUCCUCCUCCGCGUCCUCCCCCUCUUCCUCCUCCUCUUCCCCGGCUUCCUCCUCGGACGAGGAGCUGGACGACGAGUUCCUGGAGCUAAACCCGAGCCCCGGCUUCGAGAACAUGUCCCUGGGAAGCUUCAGCUCGGCCGCCCUGGACAGAGACCUGGACUUUAACCUGGAGGCCGGCUCCGGCUCUCACUUCGACUUCCCGGACUAUUGUACGCCAGAGGUGAGCGAGAUGAUCUCUGGAGACUGGCUGGAGUCCAGCAUUUCCAACCUGGUGUUCACCUACUGAGCCGCCUGCUAGAGUCUCCACUCAACUUACUGCAUU